AUAGGUUCUUAUACUUUCAAAGUUAUGAAGACACUUUGGAAGACUUAACAUAGGUCAAGAAGCAUAAGCAAGGUUCAAUGACCCUAAUCAAGUUUCAUGAACUAGGGAUCGAUUAUACUUAAACGUUCAUUGACCCAUAAUGACACUCGACCUUGAUAAUGUGACCUGAAACUAAUGCAAGAUGAUUAGUGAUACUGGACUAUCAUAUGUCCAAGUUUCAUGAACUAGGUCCUUACCAGGUUAUGACAUUUAACAAAAUUUUAAUGUUGAUUUAGUGUUGACGGCGCCAUCGCAGUCGCUGCUGUCGUAAUAGCGGCGCCAAUUAUAGUCUAGCUCUGUGAUGCAGGCGAGACAAAAAUGAAUUGAAUUUUGUAAAUUGACAUUACUGAGUUUCGUAUAACAUCCUCUCUCUGUUUUUGCUUUUUUGUUCUUCUACAUACACAGAAUGAAGAAAUUGAUAUUGAUAAAAGGAUACCUCCUAUGGAUGAAUUGUACGAGAGAUUGAAGGUUGUGACGGCCAUCUCUGAGAACCAUUUUGAAGAGGUUAAACCGUGGAUUGGAAGUAUUCAAGAGUUCAUGCCAGGUCAAGAAAUCAUCCUUUAUAACUUGGGACUGAGUAAAACAUCUUUAGAGAAGGUCAACACUUUUUGCGAUGUUCAGGUGCGAGACUUUCCUUUCAGCUCUUAUCCUAAUCAUGUGAGAGAUCUACAUACGUACGCGUUUAAACCAAUUAUUAUCGAUAUUACUCUACGGGAGUUUGGCGCCAUUUUCUGGGGAGAUGCGUCUAUCCGCCUGAAAGGCUCCUUGCGGAAACUUCUACCAGUCUCGAUGAAACACCAUGGGUUCAUGAGCCACCUUCAUGCGUUUGACCCUCAGAAGCAGGAAGAGAUUAAACACCAGUACUUCUUCACGCAUCCUAAACUGUACGAGAAUCUGGGUGUGGAUAGAACCGAGUACUACAAUUCAGGUGGCAUGGCGCCGCACGCUUCUGCAAACCGACAACUGUACGUUAACGGAUCGUACAUCCAAAAUGCUAUCGUCCAGCCGAUGCUGAAAUGUGCCCUCGAAUUUCGCUGCAUCUCGCCGGUUGGAGCGCAUGUGCCCGGCCACCGUUUCGAUGCGUCCAUCCUCGCUAUUUUGAUCUAUAAGAAUAUGAAAGGAGAAUGGAAUAAGACGCAUAAUGACAACCUUGUCUUUGAUGACGUGGUGUAUCUUAGAAAGAAUACAAUCGGAAAAGAGAAAGUUAAAACGUGCUUGUGGUGAGGCAUAUGUUUAUGUUGCCUUCAUGAGUUAUUAUUGUUGUUAUUAUUUAUUCGGCAUUUUAAACAACAAACAAAACCAUAAAAUGAUGACAUUACAAAGUAUGACAAAAUUUUAAAAAGGACUCCCCCGGCAGACCCCGCUGAAGUCCUGGGGUUGCCUGGAAGAAAAAAAUUGUAAACUUCCUGUUACCGCAAGCCAUUCCUUCCGACUCCAGGGGCCCGUAACAAAAAACUUAGCAUUGACCUUAAAGCAUUCUAUAAGAUUGAUUCCAUUGGCUACUAUAAUAAUAACAAUUAUUAUUAUUUAUGAUUAUUAAUAUUAUCAUUAUCAUCAUCAUCAUCAUUAUUAGUGUUAUUAAUAUUGUCAUAUUAUAUGCCGUCGUUACUGCGCCCCGGGGGGGGGGCACUUACAUUGACGAGUGGAUACCAUGCGCGACCAAAAAAAACACGUAAAAAGGAUG